GGCCUGUGCAGUGACGUGUGAGUAUGUAGCCGGAAGCAGGAAGAGACUUCACGUUUCAACAUGAUAACAGAUGACGCCAACGAUGAGGACGUCUCUCUGUUCGACGCAGAGGAGGACGCAGGGAAAAGGUCCAAGAAGUCGACUAUUAAGCAUCCGGUGGCGUGCUUCUUCCACCUUUUCUUCAGGGUGAGCUCGGUCAUCAUCUACCUGCUCUGUGGGCACAUCAGUAGUAGUUUCAUCGCCUGCAUGGUGUCAAUCAUCCUGAUGCUGUCAUGUGACUUCUGGACAGUGAAGAACAUCACUGGGAGGUUGAUGGUUGGUCUCAGGUGGUGGAACCAGGUGGACGACGAUGGACAGAGCCACUGGGUGUUUGAGUCCAGGAAGGCUACCGGGAAACAACACGCGUCAGAUUCUGAGUCUCGGAUCUUCUGGCUCGGGCUGAUUGUUUGUCCCGUCCUCUGGGUCGUCUUCUCCUUCUUCACCCUCUUUUCUUUCAGUAUUAAAUGGCUGCCUGUCGUGAUCAUGGGCGUCGUGUUACAAGGGGCCAACCUGUACGGAUACGUGCGGUGUAAAGUCGGAGGAAAGACCAACUUAAAGAACAUGGCGACCAAUUACUUCGGGCGACAGUUCCUCAAACAGGCGCUGUCUAAAGAAGAGGAAUCGUAGUGUGAAGCUUCGCGAUUUGACAUGUUUGCAUUAUUCUUAAUGCUGUGCUGUAUAUUCUUUUUGCAACUUGAACUGAACACGACAGACUGACUUUUUCUUUUUCUCUUUUCGAUAUAAUGUUGGACUCAAUUGGUCCCGACAGAGAGUUUCCACAGGGAGGUCAGAGGUCAGGUCGCUGUUUUCCUUCAGCAAUAAACCCUCAAAGGCUUCCAACGAUAUUUUAGUGUAAACGCAUGAAAAGGAGAAAGUGCUUUAAAUGUUGAUCUGUAGUUGGAUGUGUCGUUUAGUCUCAGAUAUUUAAUUUGUUUUCAUUACGUCUUAACUUUAAUCUUUAUAACACUAGUGAAAUAUAUAGUUUUUGAGGGGUUGUGUACAAACUUUAUUUGUUUGUAUAACAGACAUGGUUGUAAAGUAACAGUGUAAAAUGUUCCAGGACAUUUCUAAACAUGAAUGUAAAGAAAAUUUGAGAAAACAUCUUCUUUUGUGCAAAUAAAUUUUUAACAUUU